AUGGCGAAUGAAGUUAAGACUUCGACUGAUGUUUUGAUCAUAGGUGCCGGACCAUCAGGCCUCAAUCCAAAAACGAUGGAGAUAUUCGAGAGUUUCGGCAUACACGGCAAGGUUACCAAACGGUGGGAACCGGCAACAGAUGAGACGGUUUGGUGUAGAGGAGAGGACGGAAAACUCGUUAGGACGGAAAGAUAUCGAAGCCACCCGCCCCCCGGAGUUCGAUGGACACACGGAACUCUACAACAAGGCCGUGUUGAGGAAAUCAUGAAGAAGCACAUCUUCAAGCUUUCGGGCACCUCGGUUGAGUACGAUUCCUGCCUUGUUGAUCUAGCGAUCGAUACAGCCGAAAAUGAUAUUUCACGGAGCACUGGCUGUACAGUCCGUGUUCAACGCGGCGUCUCGAUGGAAACAAUCCGAGCACAAUAUGUCAUUGGGGCAGAUGGUGGAAGAUCGUACACCCGCCAACUGCUCGGUUUUGAUAUGCAAGGAGAAACAGGCUCGUCAAUAUGGGGUGUAAUGGACUUCUGCGGUGAAUCCGAUUUUCCUGACUUUGGAACUACAUCGAUCAUCCGGAGCAACACGGAGGGUGCAGUUGAUUUCGUCCGCCGGGAAGACUGCCUAAUCCGAAUGUAUGUGGAGUUGAAUAAGGGACGGGAGGGAGAAGGCAUCACCAGAGAGGCGAUCACCCCUGAGUUGAUCAUCGACAAGUGUCAGCGUAUGCUGCGGCCAUACAAGCUCGAUGUGCAUCACUAUGUCUGGUGGUCCGCAUUUACGGCAACCCAGCGACUGAGCAGCGCGUUGAGCUCUCACAGACGUGUGUUCUUGGUGGGCGAUGCGGUCCACACGCACUCUCCCAUUACGGGAAUGGGCAUGAACACGAGCAUUCAGGACUCAUACAACCUCGGGUGGAAACUUGCUGGCGUCAUUCAGGGACAACUCAAACCCGAGAUCCUCCAGUCCUAUGAUACAGAGCGAGGGGCGGUCGCAACGCAGCUGAUCGAUGCAGACAGAACCGCGUUGGAGUUAUUCAAUGCGAGGAUGGGACACGAGGCCCGCGAACUGCUUGAGAGAGGGGACGCGUUGCGAAUCUUCCUUGCCGGCCGUGGCACCCGCUAUGACGAUCCUCUUUUAACAUCCAGCCAGCCGCAGAGGAUGGGAGUCUUCAAGCCUGGCGAGUGCCUGCCAGACGUAUCCAUCUGCAACCACGCCACUGGAAGAGCUUCUUCCCUCCACAAUGUGUUAGAGACGGACGGAAGAUGGUGCCUGAUCGUCUUUAGUGGUGAUGUUUCAGUCGGCAGUCAGAUGCAGCGUGUCCAUACCCUGGCAGACCAGAUUAAAACUGCCUGGGCCGAUGGCUCUACCGAUAGGCUAGACCUUUUGGAUAUGAUCCUCGUGCACUGUGCUCCGUGGGACGCGAUCGAAUUGGCAGAUUUUCCUACUUUCCUGUUCCCUCCCAGGGAAUACGGAAAGAUAUUCAUUGAUGAGGCGUCCACGUAUGAGGAACUUGGUCUCGACCAAAAGGAGGGUGGGCUGGUACUAGUGCGCCCUGAUCGGCACAUUGGUUGGGUCGGAGCUUUUAACGGCUUCAACAGUUUGAAUCGAUAUCUUUCGCGGGUUUUCCAAGUGUGA